AUGCCAGCAAAAACACUCCUCAACAUGGCGACCGCAACAGCAAUCCGACUUGUCAGCCAAAUCGACGAGAUGGGCCGAGUCCCGUACCAUCUAGCACGCCCGAUCCUCCUCAAGAUCCAGAACCCGCAGCAACUUCGCGACUUCGAGGUCGCCAACCCCGAACUUGCCGAGUCAGACGCUGAGAUCUGGAAAAACUUCAUCGCUCGCGACAUCCCCGACUGGGAAAAGAAGAUCAUCGAGCCCAAGAAUCCAUGCAACUGGCACAAGGUCUACGCAAAGCUUACCCGCGCAGAGCAGCGCAAGGCAGAGGAAGACGAGGAGAACCUCCGUAGGACGCUGCAGGGAGAGACACUGAAGAAAGCUGGGAGGGAGACUUUGUUUGUUGCGAAAGUGCUGCCACACAAGAGAGAGCACAACACCGGCAUGGUUGAUGGCGUGCCCAAGAGUGCCGCCAGCGGCUGGGGCGCAAGCAAGGCACCUGCCCUCAAGAAUUCGAAGACCGGCAAGGACAUGAUGGCCGCCAUUCGCAGACAGACCGCUCAGGCUACCAAGGUCAAACUGCACAGCCAGCCACAAGUGCGUACCACAUCAUCUCAGCAACUCAACACCGCCAAGCGUCAGAUCACAGCAGCUCCCGUCAGUAUGGUACAGGACAUUGCUCGCACUCGAAAGCCGCUCACCGUCGCUCCUCGCGAGCUACUACCACACGAACAAGCACUUAUGCGCGAGCGUCAAGCAGCACAAACCAUCAAUCGAAUCAUCCCGGCCACUCGCAAAGGUGCGGCUCAGACAAUUCAGAAGAACCGCGCCGUCGAGGCUGCAGCACAGAAGGCACGUGAGGAGAGGGAAGCGAAACUUCGGGCUUUGACCCAGAAACGACCUGCAACACCACAACAGCCAGCAAAACGCUUCGAAUUCUCCCCUCCGCCUGCUGCCGACGAUGCCGCGACACGGAAAAUCGAAGGUGACUUGACCAUGGACGACAAGACGAUGGCCGAGUUGCGUGCCGUAGGCAUGAAACCACCAGUCACUUCACAGGCAGCCUCGCCGCCAGCCGUGAAGUCCACCGAAGGGAGCUCAGAGCACAUCACAGGCAGCAAGCCACUAGCUCAGUCUGUCAGCCCACAAUCCAGCCCAGCACCAACCAAGGUUGUGAGAAAGCGUCCGGCUACCUCGAUCUUCGCACCGCCGAUCAAGAAGCGCAAGGUUUGA